AUGGCUAGAACUAAAGUAUCCAUAAAAACACUUUUUUUAAUACUUUUUCUAGCUUAUGGCACCAUAAAAUGUGUUCAUGGGGCUGAGUCCAUACAGGGUCUUGGUAUCAAUUGGGGUGCUCUUGCAUCACACCCUAUGGAUCCUCACAUUGUUGCAAAUAUGUUGAAGGACAAUGGAAUCCACAAGGUUAAACUUUUUGAUGCAGAUUCUUGGGUCGUUAGCGCUUUUUCGGGUACGGGAAUUGAAGUUAUGGUUGGAAUUCCUAAUGAUCAAUUGAGUAAAUUUGCGAGAAGUAGUUCGGAUGCAGAAGAUUGGGUAAAACAAAAUGUCACCAAACAUCUUUAUAACGGAGGGGUGAAUAUCAGAUACGUGUCGGUUGGAAAUGAGCCAUUCUUGAAAAGUUAUAAUGGUUCAUAUGUGAAGUUAACGUUUCCGGCUAUGCAAAAUAUUCAAAAGGCAAUUGAUAAAGCCGGGCUUAGAGAAAAAAUAAAGGUGACAACAGCUUUGAAUGCAGAUGUUUACGAGUCUAGUUCAAACAAACCGUCCGACGGUGAUUUUCGAGACAACAUUCGCGACGAUAUGAAACAAAUACUUCAAUUUCUCCAUGAAACAGAUUCGCCAUUCAUUGUCAACAUAUAUCCUUUCCUUAGUCUAUAUCAAAGCGAAAGUUUUCCGAAAGAUUUUGCAUUCUUUGAUACUCAAAGUAGAACAAUUAGUGACAAUAAUGCACAGUACAACAACGUGUUUGACGCAAAUUUAGAUACACUUGUUUGGGCAUUAAGAAAAGCCGGUUACCAUGACAUGAAAAUUGUCGUUGGUGAAAUCGGUUGGCCAACCGAUGGUAACCAAAACGCUAAUUCAAAUAAUGCAAAAAGAUUUUAUCAAGGGUUUCUUAAAAAAUUGGCUAACAAACAAGGUACUCCAAUUCGCCCCGGGUCUAUGGAAGUUUAUCUAUUCGCUCUUUUCGACGAGAAUCUAAAGAGUAUCGAACCGGGUAAUUUCGAACGUCAUUGGGGAAUUUUUCGCUACGAUGGAAAGGCAAAGUUUCCUAUAGACUUUUCAGGUAACGGACAAGAGAAAUGGCCACAAGAAGCAAAGGGCGUUGUAUACCAAGAACACAAAUGGUGUGUUCUAAGCGCAGAAGUUAAGAAUUUGAGUUUAGUCCCGUCGGCAUUAGACUAUGCUUGUGCCAAUGCUGAUUGUACAAGUUUAGGAUAUGGUUGUUCAUGUGACAAUUUAAACCUAGCUGGUAAUGCAUCUUUUGCUUUUAAUCAAUAUUUUCAAACAAGAGACCAAAGUGUUGAGGCAUGUAAUUUCAAUGGAUUGGCUAGUAUUGUAACAGAAGAUCCAUCAAAGGGAACUUGCUUGUUUCCUAUAGAAAUUGAGAGUAGCGGUGACAUGGUGACGGCUACGAGGAUUGUGACAAGUCUUUUGAUUGGAUUGUCAAUGUUUUUUAUAACAUCAUGA